GGAGCCAAUCGGCGCCUGACAGGUCGGCCGUGCCGGCGCGCGGCGGGAGGAGGAGGCAAGAUGGCGGCGAGGGGAGGCCGGAACGGGCUGCUGGACAAGUGGAAGAUUGAUGACAAACCAGUAAAAAUUGACAAGUGGGAUGGAUCAGCUGUGAAAAAUUCCCUGGAUGAUUCUGCCAAAAAGGUUCUCCUGGAAAAGUACAAAUACGUGGAGAAUUUCCAUCUGAUCGAUGGCCGUCUCCUCAUCUGCACAAUCUCCUGCCUCUUUGCCAUUGUGGCUUUGAUUUGGGAUUAUCUGCAUCCCUUUCCCGAGUCCAAACCUGUUCUAGCCAUCUGUGUGGUGUCUUAUUUUGUGAUGAUGGGGAUUCUAACCAUCUAUACCUCGUACAAAGAGAAGAGUAUCUUCCUCGUAGCUCAUAGGAGAGAUCCCACAGGGAUGGAUCCGGAUGACAUCUGGCAACUUUCUUCCAAUCUAAAAAGGUUUGAUGAUAAAUACACGCUAAAACUGACCUUCAUCAGUGGAAAAACCAAACAGCAGCGGGAAGCAGAGUUCACCAAGUCCAUCGCAAAGUUUUUUGAUAACAAUGGAACAUUAGUUAUGGAAGCCUAUGAGCCAGAAGUCUCCAAGCUUCAUGACGGGUUGGCCACGGAAAGGAAAAUAAAGUGAUCCCAGCCCUUACCUUCCUGGCCGGGUCAGGCUCAAUUACCAAUAAAUUCACAUCACAACACAUGUUAAUUGCCUCUGUUUUUGUACUGAAAUCCUAUUCAGCUCUGGAUGAGCAAGAUUUUUAAUUUUGGAUCCAGGAUUUUUAGA